CGACCUGUUAUACGAAUUGCCGACCCGUUGCCACCGAAUGAAAUCAUCUAAGUCUCUCCACAUCUCGAUAACCCAGGAUGCGGUAAGUGGGUCUGGCAAGGCUGUGUUCCUGGUGAUGUAUUCCGAUGAUGGGCUUUGACAUUACUGUACUUAAUUCCCCCGACCGACGGCGAGUCUUCGGAGUUUCCUGAAAUUGCUGUGAGAUCCAUUGUGCUUCGUUGAUUUUCGUGUUCCUGUUCUCCUAUCGAUCCCUAGCUUCAUUGUCGUAGCUAGCGAUAUUAUUGCGCAGCAUACGCGCAUAGUUGGAGAUUGCCCAGGUACUCUUCCCGAAAUGACGUCCACAUCACGAAGUCUACAACACGCUUGGGACACAGCAUGGACGACUGCACCACCUCAAGCAUGCGAAACUCUCCGCAACCUCAAUGGCGCCGUCGCUUGGGGCCAAACAUGUGUCUUUACCGAAGAGGAUAACGACCCAAUACCAUUUAGCAUAAAUACCGCUUGCAUGCCCUGGGUGACAUCGAAUGUCUAUCCAUCCCCAUCCGCUUUCUACUCGCCUGCUACCGCAUGCCCAGCAAAAUGGACGGCAGUCGCCACACAAACAGCAGCAAACGGAGAGGGCAGCGAUAAUAGAUGGAUAGAUGGGGAAAUUGGGCUGCAGUGCUGUCCCGAUGGAUUCCAGGCAGACGGAAGAGACGGAUGUAGACCGGAAGGUAGUGGCAGGUUUCCGGUUGUUGAAUGUGGGGAGGCGGACGCGGAGGAGAACGAAUUGAGAACGUACGACGGAGGUGCCUGGCCAGCAACCGCAACGCCGAGUAUCACGGCAUUGCACUUGAGAUAUCAACCUAGUGAUACUGGGGGCACGAACAGCCCAACAGCUUCGAGCACAGAGGCUACCAGUACCGGAGCUACUAGCAGUCAGAGUCCAGGAGGAGGAGGUGGUGGUAGUGGCGGCGACAGUGGUAAUGGUAUCUCGACUGGUGCUAUAGCAGCGAUAGCCACAAUCAUUCCUUUGGUCAUAAUCAUCGGAGCGUUGGCAAUGUUUCUUUUGUGGAGGAGAAAGAAGAAGAACGGCAAAGCAGCGAUUGCGUUGAAGAACCUAGGAGACGAGAAAGACGACUACCCGUUACGAUCCGUCGACGACACAGCCAACCAAGCAGCAUCCACUCGCCACGACAUGCCCAAAGGCACUGCUGCAGCAGCAUACUACACUGGCUCGUCCCAGCACCCACACGAAACACCCGAAUGGAAUGUGGAAAUGGAUGCUGUAGAGGCCGAGCGUCUGAAGGUCACUGGGACAUCUGCACAACAAUCUUCUAGUCCAGUGGGUCCAGAGAGCGGAGUUGAAGCAACAGAACUUGCUGGGUUGGCCAGGGUACCGAGAAAACCUAUUGCGCCCAUUGAGCUUGAUAGUACACCUGUGAUACCAGAGGUUGGGGAUGCCUAUAUACCGUAUCGACCUGGUAGAGAGUAGAGUUUGUACUUUGAUACCCAAUAAUCAAUUUCUC